ACGGAGCACACACUCCUGCCUCAGGAUCACAAACUCUGCAGCUUGGGUUAGGUCCUUGGCAUUUCUCACUAUGGCCAGUUACAGCUUCAGGCAAACUACCUCUUCUGUGGCAGGGGGACCUGGUGGGUCCUCAAUCCACUUUGGGAGAAGUGGCUUUAGGGCUCCAAGCAUCCACGGAGGAUCUGGUGGCAGGGGUGUGUCAGUCUCUUCUGCUAGAUUUGUCUCCUCAGGUCUCCGAAGUGGCCUGGGUGGUGGGUAUGGAAGCAGCUUUAGCAGCAGCUUUGCUGGUGGCUAUGGUGGUGGUUUGGGUGGUGGUUUUGGUGGUGGUGAUGGCCUUCUCUCAGGAAAUGAAAAGGCAACGAUGCAAAGCCUGAACGAGCGCCUCGCAUCCUACCUGGACAAAGUGUGUGCACUGGAAGAGGCAAACUCUGAUCUGGAAAUUAAAAUCCGAGACUGGUACCAAAAACAAGGCCCAGGCCCAGCUCGGGACUACAGCCCAUAUUACAAGACUAUUGAAGACCUUCGAGACCAGAUCCUUGAGGCCACUAUCGACAAUGCAAAGAUUGUCUUGCAGAUUGACAAUGCCAGGCUGGCUGCUGAUGACUUCAGAACCAAGUUUGAGACAGAGCAAGCUCUGCGCCUCAGCGUGGAGUCUGACAUCAACGGCCUGCGCAGAGUCCUGGAUGAGCUGACCCUGGCCAGAGCUGACCUGGAGAUGCAGAUUGAGAACCUGAAGGAGGAGCUGGCUUAUCUGAAGAAGAACCAUGAGGAGGAAAUGAGUGCCCUGGGAGGGCAAGUAGCUGGACAAGUCAAUGUUGAAGUGGACUCUGCUCCAGGCAUUGACCUGUCCAAGAUCCUGACUGAUAUGAGAGACCAGUAUGAACACAUGGCUGAGAAGAACAGGAAGGAUGCUGAGGCCUGGUUCCACAGUAAGACUGAAAAGCUGAGCAGUGAAGUAGCUCUGAACACCGAGCAACUGCAGAGCAGCAGGUCCGAGCUCACCGACCUGAGACGCACCCUCCAAGGGCUGGAAAUAGAACUGCAGUCCCAGCUCAGCAUGAAAGCAGCGCUGGAAGGCACCCUGGCAGACACCGAGGGGCGGUACGGGGUGCAGCUGGCGCAGAUCCAGGGCCUGAUCAGCAGCAUCGAGGCACAGCUGGGAGAGCUCCGGGCGGACAUGGAGCGCCAGAACAGCGAGUACAAGAUCCUCAUGGAUCUCAAGACUCGACUGGAGCAAGAGAUCAAUACUUACCGACAGCUGCUGGAAGGCCAGGAGUCCCAGAUGUUUGGCUCCCUUUCUGGAACUGCUGACAAAAGAGACAAGUUGGUAGAUGGAAAAUAGUGCUGAACGUCCUCCAUAUGUCAUCUUCAAAGUGAGAAAAAGCAGACAACACAGGAACUGAAACUGGGAGGAAUCACUGGAUAUUAGUACCUUAAAGCACAGAAAAUUCUCAGCCACACACACUUUUGUCCAUCUAGCAGUGAUUAAUUUGCAAAUUGGGUUAGCUUUGCAACUAUUUCUAGUUCUUUCAUGCACUGAAAUGCUGUUUCUACUCUAAUAAAGAU